AAAAUGUUCGGCAUGGCAUCGGCCAAUGUCAAAUUUUCGCGAACACGCGUGAAAAACGUAAAUAAAAAUAAUUUUCUCGUGAUUUGUGUCUCCUUACGAGCAUAAUUAGCCAAAGAAUGUGAAAAUCCUGUACGUCAUCUGCCCCAUCCAUAGGUUCUGUGUGAAAAAUCGUGCGGAGGUGUUGAACUUUUCGCGGGUGAAGUGCUUUUGUGGCUUUUUGGCAUCCAGGGUCAGCCGGUACAUGGCGACUUUUGUGAGGAAAUUGCGUGAUUUCGGUGCUGUGGACAGACAUUUCCUGAGUCACUGGCGAAAGUACCGCUCAGAAAUACCCAAACUCUCCCCACACGAUGUGAAUCUGAUUCUCAGAGCAAAUGAGUUCACAAAGGACUUUUCCGGUGGUCCUGUUCGAUAUUUUGACUCCAAUCAGCUGGCAUCGAAUUCCCCCAUGGAAGAUGCACGAACAGAGGCCAGUUGCCUGUACACAUCGGGCUUCCUUGUGGGAGUUUUCGAUGGACACGGAGGGUCAGCUUGUGCUCAGGUCUCUUCCAAGAGGAUCCUCCGCUACAUCGCUGCCAGUCUCAUCAGUCCGGCAGAAUUGCAGAAGCACCUGGCCAGUGAGGCCAAGAGCUACUCCUUUCUGCAGUGUCACAAUGAUAAACUCGAAUUCGUGCCCGAAAUCCGGGACAUUUACGAAGACAGCUUCAGUCGAUUCGCCAAGGAUCUUCUGGCCAGGCAAUCGAACACUUCGCUGGAGCACGUGAUGGAGCAGGCGGUAAUGCGCCUGGAUGGUGACAUGUCCCGGGAAGCCAUGCAGCAUACAAGUGUCCGGACACUGGCUGUGGCCAUGUCCGGAGCUGUAGCUUGUGUGGCUCAUGUCGACGGUUGUCACUUGCAUGUGGCUGGGAUUGGGGACUGUGGGGCUGUUCUGGGAUCUGUCAAUGACUCAACGGGCCAGUGGACAGCCAGGAAACUCACCACGGAACACAAUGCUCAAAACAUUGGCGAGGUGAGACGCAUCAUGGCUGAACAUCCUCACAGUGAACGCGACACAGUGAUCCGGGUGGAUCGGCUACUGGGCCAGCUGGCACCUCUGCGUGCCCUCGGGGAUUUCCGCUACAAGUGGCCCCGGGACACGCUUCAGUCAGUCGCUGGUCCUCACUAUGGAGAGGCCGCUGUGCCUCCCCACUACCACACCCCACCCUACCUAACAGCCCAGCCGGAGAUCAAGUAUCACCGGCUGGAGCCACGAGAUAAGUUCCUGGUGCUGGCCACUGACGGACUCUGGGACGUCCUGACGCCCCUUCAAGUGGUUCGGCUAGUCGGGGAGCACAUGAACGGCAAGACGUUCCUGCAGCCCCUCGAGCUACCGAACCGGGACAUCCGACUAGGAGAACUAUCCCAGAUGCUGGCACAUAGAAGGACAGGAAUACCAAAGAAACCGAUGGACAAAAAUUCCGCUACUCAUUUGAUCCGGAAUGCCCUCGGUGGAACUGACUACGGAAUCGAACACUCAAAGAUAUCCCAUAUCCUAUCCCUGCCGCCGGACGUUGUGCGUCUAUUUCGGGACGACAUCACCGUCACUGUCGUCUACUUCAACUCAGAGUACCUACAGAGCACUCUAGUGUGAUCAAUUCGCAACGAGAAGUCAAUUUGUGAUGGGACGUGUGCUUUAUAGGCUUUGCUGUACAUAGAAUUCUAGCCAGAUUUUCUUUUUUUUCACUCUUGGGAUUAUCUUCCUUUUAGAACAUUAGCAAUUAUUUAUUCUCUAAAUGGAUGCCAUUUUGGAUAAUAAAGUGCAUUUGACUGCCUAA